GGAAGCUCUCAGUCCGUAACUUCCGGAAAAAAAAAGACACUCCUGAAAGAUUUUAAAUGGAGCUCCAGGAAAAAGUAGCGGUUCCGAUUUUCACCGAAGUGGACCGGGAGGUGUUUCUGAAGGAGGUCUACCCCGGGCGCACGCCGGCCGUCCUGAGGGGCGUGGCCCUCGGCCCCUGUGUGGAAAGGUGGACGGUCGAAUAUCUUGGGAUGAAAGGAGGCGAGAGGGAGGUGAAGAUCCACGUCUCGACAGUACCGCAGAUGGACUUUCUCCACAAGAACUUUGUCUACAGGACUCUGCCGUUUAAUGAAUAUGUGAGAAGAGCGUCUGAGACCAAACACUUGGACUUCUUCCUGUGUGAGGAUGAGAGCUACUAUCUUCGGUCCCUGGGAGAGGACGUCAGGAAGGAACCUGCAGACCUGAGCAAACAGUUCCCGGACCUGGCUGAGGACUUUGACAUCCCACAGUUCUUUGAGUCGGAUCAGUUCUUCUCCAGUGUUUUCCGCAUCAGCUCCUGCGGUCUGCAGCUGUGGACCCACUACGACGUGAUGGACAACCUGCUGGCCCAGGUCACAGGAAGGAAGAGGGUGGUGCUCUUCAGCCCUCAGGAUGCUCUACACCUCUAUCUGAACGGUGACAAGUCAGAGGUCCUGGAUAUUGAUGCUCCCGAUCUGAAACGGUUUCCUGAGUUUGUAAAAGCGAGGAGAUACGACUGCGUUCUGGAGCCUGGAGAUCUGCUUUUCAUCCCUGCGCUGUGGUUCCAUAACACCCGUGCUCUGAGCUUUGGAGUGGGUGUGAAUGUCUUCUGGCGCCACCUACCUGCUGACAGCUAUGACAAGAAGGACCCAUACGGCAACAAAGACCCUGUGGCUGCGACUCGAGCUCUGCAGACUCUGGAGAAGGCUCUGCAUGCUUUGGACGAGCUUCCAGCAGAGUACAGGGACUUCUACGGCCGACGGAUGGUCCAGCGCGUCCAGAAACGGACGUACUGUGACAGUCCGCACUCAGAAACGCCAAGAAGUCUGUCCAACAAACCUGGAUGAGUGUGCAAAGGUCUAUGAAGUUGAACACAGCAAAGAAUGUCAUGCGUUUCUUUGGCCUUAUGGGGGCACAAAGUGUACAUUUUAGUAAAGUUUCUCUUCUUGGUUUAAUUUAUUAACAAUUAAAUAAGUGCUUUGGAUCAGGGACAAAAACAUUUUCAACAAACUGUCCAUUUUCCUUCUUUCUCUCUCCGUCUGUAAACACUUUUACACCACAGUUCAUAUUUGAAGACAACUGUAAUUUUCCUCACAUUUUAUUUUUAAGCAUUUUUAUGAUGUGAAAAGAAAUGGGAUUCCAGU